CCCGCCCGAUAGUUUCCCAGUUCUCAAAAUUUUGCUCCCCAAACCAUGAAAAAGCGAAACCCUAUGCUUAGGCUAGUGGUAAAGUGCUGAAAAGGGAAAGAGUAGGAGGAGUCGAAACGGCAUGAUCACCGACGAUGAGUAAUGCCUUCGCGAAAACAAUCUGUUCAAUCUGCUACGAAGAUCUGAAGCCCAUCGUCGAGGAUCUCCAAGUUAUCUCCAUCUGCGGCCAUGUAUUCCACGAACUAUGCCUGCAGCAAUGGUUCGAGUAUUGUUCGAGCAAAAAGAAGUGUACCUGCCCGGUUUGCAAGCAGAGAUGCAAAGGCUCCGAUGUGGCCCGUCUUUAUUUCCAGUCAUUGGGGGGCUCUGCCGACUACUGUGCGUCGCAGUGCGAGGAGACACAGGCCGAUGCCAAGUUGCUCGGCGGAGAGAUUGUGAGAUUGGAGGGGAAGGUACGGGGGCUAAACUCUACAGUGGAUUGCCAAGGGAAAGAAAUUGAGCGGCUUAAUGGUGAGUUGUACGAUUGUAAGAAGCAGUUGAAGGCUGAGCUUGCGUUGAAGAAGGACGUGGUGCAAGAAAAAGCAUCAGUUCAGGAGAUGCUUCGUUUCAAAUCUCAGGAGCUUGAUGCGCUGAAGGCGGACCAUUUGAAGUUGCAAGAUAAGAGCAUGGCCGUGGCCAAAGAACUUGCAGCACUGAAACUGGCCUCAGACCUGAAUCUGGAGGAAGAGGAGAUUUUAAAGCUUGCUUCCUUUGGUAACGAGGCCAAUGCUAAAGAUACUAUUGACAUUCUCCGGAAGUCCUUGGUUACCCGCAACAAGACCUACCAAGAGUUAAUGGCCAAGUGCAACCAGCUUGGAAGAGGAGAGGCUCGUUCUUCCAAAAAACUUGGGAAAGCAAAAGAAAAGAUAAUUAGGUUGAAGACUAGGAUCCAGGAACUGGAGAUGGAAGUUGAACUAAAGGAGAAUCAAGCUUUAAGGCUCUUAAAGACUUCAAAGGAUACAAGCUCUACGAAGAAAAUUCCAGGUGGACUUGGUGAUAAGUUAGAUACCCCUACUUCUGAGAUUUUUCGACCUGGAAGUGAAAACGAACAAGUUUCCUCCAUAUCUCUAGAUUGCUUGGUCCGGACGGGAAGCCCUAUUGGUGAUGCAAAAGGCCCUUUUUCCAUCAAUGAUUAUGCUGCAAAUUUUACUGACGAGCCUUCAGGAAGUGGGAUACUUCUUGGAACAAGAACCAAUAGAAAUAAGGAUACCACCAGCUCAGCUGCAGCUAAGGAAGCAUCCUUUUCUAUAGGUGGUAACAUUGAUGUUUGCCCCACGAUGAACAUAAAAAAGGAGUUACCAUCCUCCGCCUGUUUUUCAAAACCAGCAGAUAUAUGUUUCUCAAGUGGAUUACUGGGUCCUGAUGGAACAACCCGGUAUCUUGGGAAGUGGUGUAAACGUGACCAAAGCAAGCAGUCGGUUGCAGUACAGAAAACAAGCACAAACAGUGGAGACUUGAUUGCUGUUGGAGCUGAUGGAAGGGGUGGGAGAGUUAAAGUCGCGAGACCUCUGAAUCAAGCCCUCAUGGGUGGUUCAGAGAGUUCCAUGCCCGCAAAAAGGUUCAAGUCAAGAAGCAAAACGACUAGUUUGCAGUCUCAGGGAUGUUUGCAGAUCGAACACUUUUUUGGGAAGUCCAAGCAGUAGUGAGGUAUGUUCAUUCUUGCAUCAAUAUGAGUGUUUCCCCCCGGUUUUAUAUGCAAUUUGUGCUUGAAACUGUUGGGAAAAAAUCACUUGCACUUUAAUAACGCUUUGAAGGCACCUGGAAAAAAUGGGAUAUUUCUUUUACUGCAUUAUUAAGUAAUUCCAUAGUAUAAAAUUGUUAUUUGUUACCGAGGAGGAACACUCUGUUUGAGUACGAAGCCUGAUGUUAUGUUUCAUUGAUGAGCAAGCACAUUAUUGCCUCUUAAUUCUUAAUACGGUUGUUGCAGUUGAAUAUGAGUUGAUACUCUUGUUGAGUUGUGAGAUCUUGCCUCCUGACUUAUUUGCUCUAUCUAACUUAACCAAUUAAUCAGUCUGGUUUUGCGCUAUAAGCUAAUUAGUAAAUAUAUGAUAUAUCCUCAACUCAACAGUAUUUGAGUUUGAUUGUUCUGGUUCUCCACGGGAGCGGCAACUAGAAAGUAUUUGUUUCCUUUCCAGUCCAUAUGUUUGACUAAACUAGACAGUUUCAUGUUCUUAUAUGUACUGGGUUGUGAUGUUUCUGGGCAGGUCACAAGAAACUAGAUCAAAUUUUGGCGCCAAACUGUAUGGGCUCCUUCUGUUUCGACCAAGUUUUUCGGUUUUAGUACCAUGCAGCGGCGGAGACAGAAGCAUUAGCACAUGUUCUGGUCAGUUAAAGUCCUCGGACAAAUCAAAUCAUAUCAUGGAAAAGGAAUCAUAGGACUCUUCUUGUCCAUGAAGAUACAGGGCAGCAGACCUGACCGGUUUUGCUCCCCGCAACCGAUCACUGUAAAUUGUUUUUGGUCUAGAUUCUAGAACCAUGUGAAGAACGUGUUUGGAUUAUAAAGGAAAUGUGGUAGUGAUUUGAUGAUAUAUAUCCAUUAGAAGAAAGCCAAAAACGUUAAUAUUUGGAUAGGUUUCGAAAAAUCAUUUUUGGCUGAAAAUAGUUUGUGGGCAAUUAGGGAUGGUAAAGGGCGGGGGUGGAGAUGUGUAUUUGGUAUCAGCGAGAGAAGAUAUUUUAGUAUAUUGACAUUUGUCUAAAGUAGGAGUAUUGAUAGUAAAUUUUUUACUAUGUC